CUCUUAAUCCCUUUAUCCACUACAACAACCACCAUCACCAUCACCGACUCGAAUGGACGCCUUCUCUUCCUCCUUAUUCUCCACCUCUCUCUGCCACCAUUCACCACCAAGACCGAUUCCGGUUCCAACCUGCGUCCGCCUUCCUCCAAUCUCAGCUGUUCAAAUCCAAGAAAAACCAACAUCGCAAUAUGACGCCAAACCCGAAGCGCCGGCGUCCAACGGGAAGCCAUCAAUCUUGGAAAAACCAGCCACGGUGACACCACAAGCACGACGCGCCACUCUCCAGCCCCGCGUGAGGCCACGCAGGGCCGAGCGGCCUGUGGGCCAACCAUCGCUCGUGAGCACGCUCUGCAACACAAUGGAUGGCUUCAUAACCAGCUUCAUUGAGCCCCCUCCCCGCCCCUCUAUCGACCCGAAACACGUUUUAGCAGGUAACUUCCACCCUGUUUCGGAGCUUCCUCCGACUCCUUGCCUCGAAAUCGAGGGCACCCUCCCCUCUUGCAUCAAUGGUGCGUAUCUACGCAAUGGUCCGAACCCUGCGCACCUACCGCGAGGCGCGUACCAUCUCUUCGACGGUGAUGGCAUGGUUCAUUGCCUUCGCAUUAGCAACGGGCAAGCAACCUACUCAGCCCGAUUCGUCAAAACAUACAAAUAUGACCUUGAGCGCAAGGCCUGUGGUGCUGUUUACCCCAAUUUCUUUGGAGCCAUGUCCGGGAUCUCAGGCGUCACGCGUGGCGCUGUGCUUGGGGCUCGCGUGCUUGCAGGGGAGAUCGACCUUACGCGUGGCGGCGGCGUUGCAAACACAAGCUUCGCCUUCUUUGGUGGCACACUGUAUGCGUUGGGCGAGUCUGACUUGCCUUACGCAAUAAGGGUCACUGAUCAGGGCGAUAUCGAAACCAUGGGCCGUGAAAACUUUGAAGGCCGACUGGCUCUUGGCAUGACUGCUCACCCGAAAACCGAUCCCAAAACCAGAGAGACCUUCGCCUUUCGUUAUGCUCCGAUUCCUCCAUUUCUAACCUACUUUCGAUUCGACAAAAAUGGCUCGAAAUUUCCCGACGUGCCGGUGUUUUCAGUGCUGUCGCCGCCAUUUAUGCACGAUUUCACAAUAACAGAGAAGUACGCGAUUUUCCAUGAGAACCAGAUCACGAUGGACCCAGCGGGGCUUGUGACAGGGGGUGCGCCAGCCGCAUCCAACUCGAGCAAGGUCCCACGACUUGGCGUCAUGCCCCGUGAUUCGUUCAGUGGCGACGUGCGGUGGUUCGACAUACCUGGAUGCAACUUCUUCCACUUAGUGAAUGCCUGGGACGAAGGCCCCAACGCAAUCACGAUCGUCACGCCAAACACAUUCCCUGCGGAACACGCACUGGAGGCCAUGCAUCUCAUCCACUCCUCCGUCGAGAUCGUGAGGCUCGAUCUGAAAACCGGUGCAGUUACUCGGAGGCCUGUCUCCACCAUGAAUCUCGAGUUCGGGAUCAUAAACCAACGAUUUUUGGGUCGAAAGAAUCGAUUCGCAUAUAUGUCGAUCGGCGCACCGAUGCCUAAGAUCAAGGGCGUUGUGAAGCUUGAUUUAGAAAGAGAAGGGAAGGGAGAGUGCGUUGUGGCUCAGAGAGUUUAUGAGGAGGGCUGGUUUGGGAGUGAGCCGGCGUUCGUGGCCAAGAGACAGAGUGACAGUGAGAGUGAGGACGAUGGUUAUGUGGUGGCGUUUUUGCAUGAGGAGGCCACUGGGGAGGCUCGCUUCGUGGUCAUGGACGUGGCAUCGUCCGAUCUGAAGAUCGUGGCCUCAGUGAGGUUGCCCCAGCGUGUGCCCUAUGGCUUCCAUAGCUGCUUUCUCACUGAGGAGCAGCUCAUAUCGCAGCGGUCCAUCAGUAGCUGACGGAUGCUCAUCGGGGAAAUCUAGGUCGUUGGUUUUGUGCAUAUGUUGGGACUGAUCGAUGGUUUAGACCACUGGAGCGAUGGAGGUUCUAUUUCAGUGGAUGCGCACUGUAUAGUUACUCUUUUGUGUAUUAUGAUUGGUACUUUGAAAUUAAAUCAAAAUAUACGGGUAAAUUAAUUAAAAAAAUUAAUAUAAGGUUCCAAUUUUUUUA